AUGGCCGACCCUCCACGGCCAAAUCCGCUUCAUAGGACCAAAAAAAAAGUACAGCAGAAGCGAAAACAAAACAACAAAAACCGCUCGCUCCUUCUAGUCUUGUGGCUCGUAAUUAUUCCAAGGGUCCAUUUCCACAGCUACCCUGCCCUCAACCUCCCCAUCUCCGUCUCCUCCGUCCUCCAUGUCGCCGCCUCCUCCGACCCCUACGCCACCUCUUCCUCCCCGGGCAGGUCUCCUCGCAGCAGCACCUACCACUGCCUGCCAGACAUCAGCCACCACCGCCCGCCAGACGUCAUCCACUACCCCCACCACCGUCACCACGGUCUCCGACAACCGCACGACGCCCUGAAGCGGCCACAUCAGGACCGUCUUCACCCAGCGCGCCGAGCUCCCGAGCCACUCGGUCACCGGGUGCCAGUGACUCUCCAGCCCCUGACGGGGCUCUGGUCCUACGAUCCAGGCCAGACCGGCCCGGACUUUCUCUGGCUCAACGCACAGAGAAACCAAGGCAAUUAG